AUGAGCUACCAGACGCUUGAAGCAGACGAUUUUAAAUCUUUCCUUGGGGAUAACUCUAGUCAAAAUACCCUUUCUCAGAAUGCGUCACAGCCAUCCCGUGGAUACUUGCAGUCUGAAGGCUUAUCAUCCCCUCCCUGGACUGUAGAGUACUAUCAGAAAUACUUCGAUGUAGACACGAAGACGGUGCUUUCUCGGUGUUACCACACUCUCAACCCUUUCUCCCAUCCUCCCAGCUCCGUCUACUCCUCUCCAGAUCUCUAUGGCCCAUUCUGGACACUCACGACAGUUAUAUUCUCUCUCUUCGUUUUUUCAUCUCUUGCAUCUUCAAUCUCUUCGUACCUAUCGGAUAAACCUUGGGAUUACGACUUCAAGCUCUUGGGUGUGGCUGUUGGGCUUGUCUAUUCAUACGGUAUCGGAGUACCUGUUGCUUUAUGGGGAAUCCUGAAAUGGGUCGGCGGUGGUGACGCUGAGUGGAGUUUGCUCGAGGCCAUCAAUGCCUGGGGUUAUGGAAUGACUGCCUGGAUACCCGUGUCUGUCCUGUGUAUCAUUCCAGUGCCAGUCCUUAGGUGGACUUUGGUCGGGAUCGCCUUUGGACUAUCAGGGACGUUCUUAGUGAGGAACGUGUAUCCUGUAUUGUCAAGUGUCCCUCAAAAGUCCGUGCAGCUCAUACUGCCGAUAUUACUCAUCUUUCACAUUGCCAUUGCCAUCACCUUCAAACUCUUGUUCUUCAGUUAUUACAUUGUAAAAGAGAUAGGGCCAGGUGCUGGCGAUUCGGGCGCAGGGAAGGGGUCAUGAUGUCGAUAGCAAUAGAUACAUUGUUUAAUAUGCAAGCGUUCCUCCAUGGCCUUAGUCCGGUUGUUGUAAUUGAGAUUUGCG